CCGCUCUCGCCAGCCAGGCAGCCGAGUGUAGUCGCCGCCGCAGGACGCCCGCCACGCCGGGCAUGAAGUAGCUGCGACCCGCGACGCCGCUGCCCGGUCCUCUCCAGGCGGGGCCCGAGUGGCAUGGCCAUGGCCGGCCGCGCACGCAGCCUGCUGCUUCUCAUCCUGGUCGCUCACGCCAGCUGCCUAGGCUUCCGAAGCCCACUUUCAGUCUUCAAGAGGUUUAAAGAACCUACCAGGUCAUUUUCCAAUGAAUGUCUUGGCGCCACCAGACCAGUCAUUCCCAUUGAUUCCUCUGAUUUUGCGAUGGACAUCCGCAUGCCUGGGGUGACGCCCAAACAGUCCGAUACGUACUUCUGCAUGUCGAUGCGUUUGCCGGUGGAUGAGGAGGCCUUUGUCAUUGACUUCAAACCCCGUGCCAGCAUGGAUACUGUCCACCACAUGUUACUCUUUGGAUGCAAUAUGCCUUCGUCCACUGGAAGUUACUGGUUCUGUGAUGAAGGAACCUGCACAGAUCAAGCCAACAUUCUCUAUGCCUGGGCACGAAAUGCUCCCCCGACCCGACUCCCCAAAGGAGUUGGAUUCCGAGUUGGAGGGGAGACGGGAAGUAAAUACUUUGUGCUGCAAGUGCACUAUGGGGACAUCAGCGCGUUUAGAGAUAAUCACAAGGACUGUUCUGGAGUGUCCAUCCAUCUCACACGGCAGCCCCAACCUUUAAUUGCCGGCAUGUACCUUAUGAUGUCUGUUGACACUGUUAUACCACCAGGAGAGAAAGUGGUGAAUUCUGACAUCUCAUGCCAUUAUCAGAAUUAUCCAAUGCAUGUAUUUGCGUACAGAGUACACACUCACCAUUUAGGUAAGGUAGUAAGUGGGUACAGACUAAGAAACGGGCAGUGGACACUGAUUGGACGCAAGAGUCCUCAGCUCCCACAGGCUUUCUACCCGGUGGAACACCCAGUUGAUGUUACUUUCGGUGACAUCCUGGCGGCAAGAUGCGUGUUCACUGGAGAGGGAAGGACCGAAGCCACACACAUUGGUGGCACAUCGAGUGAUGAAAUGUGCAACUUAUACAUUAUGUAUUAUAUGGAAGCCAAGCAUGCAGUCUCUUUCAUGACCUGCACACAGAAUGUCGCUGCGGAUCUGUUCCGAACCAUCCCCGCAGAGGCCAACAUCCCGAUUCCCGUGAAGCCUGACCUGGUGAUGAUGCACGGACAUCACAGAGAAACAGAGAACAAAGAUAAAAUAGUGUUACAACAGCAGCCAAAACGGGAGGAAGAGGAAGUGUUAGACCAGGGUGAUUUCUAUUCACUGCUUUCCAAGCUGCUAGGAGAGAGGGAAGAUGUUGUUCAGGUGCACAAAUACAAUCCUACAGAAAAGGCAGAAUCAGACGCCGACCUGGUAGCUGAGAUUGCAAACGUAGUCCAGAAAAAGGAUCUUGGGGGGUCUGAGGCCAGAAAGGGCACGGAGCACGAAGCCAGGGGCGAUGCUAUUCUCAGCAGAGACAGAAUUCACAAGUUCCACAGACUAGAGCCCACCUUGAGGCCUGCGGGGAGCAGAGCCUUCUCCUUCCAGCAGCCCCCACCUGGUGAAGGCAACUGGGAGCCAGAGAACACGGGAGACUUCCACAUAGAAGAAGCAUUGGACUGGCCUGGAGUAUACCUGUUGCCCGGCCAGGUUUCUGGGGUGGCAUUGGACCCUAUGAAUAAUCUGGUGAUUUUCCACAGAGGUGACCAUGUCUGGGAUGGAAACUCUUUUGACAACGAGUUUGUUUACCAGCAAAGAGGCCUCGGACCCAUUGAAGAAGAUACGAUUCUUGUUGUGGAUCCGAAUAGUGCUGCCAUACUCAAGUCCAGUGGGAAAAAUCUGUUUUACUUACCACAUGGCCUGAGUGUGGACAGAGACGGGAAUUACUGGGUCACAGACGUGGCUCUGCACCAGGUGUUCAAACUGGAUCCAAACAGUCGAGAAGGCCCCCUCCUCACCCUGGGAAGGAGCAUGCAGCCCGGCAGUGACCAGCACCACUUCUGCCAGCCCACCGACGUGGCUGUGGAUCCAAGCACGGGAGCCGUCUACGUGUCCGAUGGUUACUGCAACAGUCGGAUUGUGCAGUUCUCACCAAGCGGGAAGUUCGUCAUGCAGUGGGGAGAAGCGUCUUCAGGGAGCAAUCCUAAACCAGGACAAUUCAGUGUCCCUCACAGCUUGGCUCUUGUGGCCCAUUUGGGACAACUGUGUGUGGCAGACAGGGAAAAUGGUCGGAUCCAGUGCUUCCAUACUGACACCAAAGAAUUCACGAGAGAAAUUAAGCAUGCAGCAUUUGGAAGAAAUGUAUUUGCAAUUUCAUACAUACCAGGUUUGCUCUUUGCGGUGAAUGGGAAGCCUCACUUUGGUGAACAAGAACCUGUACAAGGCUUUGUAAUGAACUUUUCCACUGGGGAGAUUAUGGAUGUUUUCAAGCCAGUACGCAAGCACUUUGACAUGCCUCAUGAUAUCGUUGCUUCUGAAGAUGGGACUGUGUAUGUUGGGGACGCGCAAACCAAAACAGUGUGGAAGUUCGCCUUGACCGAAAAAAUGGAGCAUCGAUCGGUUAAAAAGGCUGGCAUCGAGGCCCAGGAUGUCAAAGAAGCUGAGGCAGUUGUUGAAAGCAAAAUGGAGGACAAAGCCAGUGCCUCGGAGUUGCAGAAGAUGCGAGAGAAGCAGAAACUGCUCCAGGAGCCGGGCUCCGGAGUGCCCGUUGUCCUCCUGACCACCCUCCUGGUUAUCCCGGUGCUUGUCCUGCUGGCCAUUGCCAUGUUUAUUCGAUGGAAAAAAACAAGGGUGUUUGGAGAUUCUGAGCACAAACUCGAGACAAGUUCCGGCAGAGUACUGGGAAGACUUCGAGGCAAGGGAACUGGAGGCUUAAACCUCGGAAAUUUCUUUGCCAGCCGCAAGGGCUACAGUCGAAAAGGGUUUGACCGCCUCAGCACCGAGGGGAGUGACCAAGAGAAAGACGAGGAUGAGGGGAGCGAAUCAGAAGAGGAGUACUCAGCACCAGUACCCGCCGCGGCCUCUUCCUCCUGAAAAGCAGGCAGCCAGAGGGGUGGCAUGAGAAGUACCGCCUGUCCCCGAUCGAUGCCUGUCCCUUUUAGCACGUGGAAAGCUUGUGGAUUUAAUUGUAAGCUGUGCUCGUCCACGUGGGCCCAUACACAUAUUCUUGCCUGCAUUUCAGUUAAGUUGGCUUCUGUUUCUAAUGGAGGAGUUUGCUGACGGCUCAUCACAGUGCCAAUGUCUUGGUAUGAAUGUAGAUAGAGAAGCGGCCGGGCUGCUCCCAGGCUGCCCACUGCCUCUGCUCCUUCCCAUCUGGGAGCCGUGUGUGUGUGUGUGUGUGUGUGUGUGUGUGUAAAUAGCCCCACUCUGCUUGAGCGCAGUCUGUGCCCCGUCCACCCAUCGCCAAUGUCUUCCUUGGUGCCUUUCCCCUUCAGCAUCCUCAGCCCGUGGCAGUAAAGAGAAACUUUGUGCUACACCACGACAAAGCUGCUAAAUCUCCUUCUAUUUUUUUAAAAUCACUAACAUAUAUUGCAAUGAGAGAAAGGAAAAAAAAGUCUCUAUUUAAAUCCUUUUUUUUUAAUUUCUUCUUCAAUUGGUGUGUUUGGGGAUGUCUUAUUUUUAGAUGGUUACACUUGUUAGAACACUAUUUUCAGAAUCUGAAUGUAAUUUGUGUAAUAAAGUGUUUUCAGAGCAUUAA